UAAAAUGGCUUCCGUUGAAAAGAUAGUCAAAGUAUGACAGAAGAAUUUCAAUGUUUUAACUAUUUAAAGGAGAUAACAAUCCGGGUUUCUCACCACUCCACAGCUUGUGAUGUUUCCUUCAAUACAGCGCAGACAGUAUGGCUUGGAGAAGAAGUCUAAAUUAUACGACAUUGCAAGAGGUGUAAGUUUUGUACAGAGACUCAAAUUAGACAAGAAACUUGAAGUACAUGCUGGCUGUGUUAAUACAAUAUGCUGGAGUGAUUCUGGAGAAUAUAUUCUGUCUGGUUCAGAUGACCAAAAUCUUGCCAUUACUAAUCCCUUCACUCAAAAGACUAUUGCCAGUAUAAGAUCAGGUCACAGAGCUAAUAUCUUCAGUGCUAGAUUUUUACCAAAUUCCAGAGACAGACAUGUGAUAUCAUGUUCAGGUGCUGGAAAGAUAUAUUUCACAGAAGUAAACAGAGAGGAUACAUAUGGUAAAAAUAGAUUUGAUUGUCAUGUUGGUACAACAUAUGAGGUUAUUACUUUACCUAAUGAAGCAACAACAUUUUUAUCAUGUGGAGAAGAUGGUACAGUACGCUUGUUUGAUCUACGUGCCAAAACCAGCUGUAGUAAAGAAAACUGUAAAGAUGAUGUGAUGAUAAAUUGUCGUCAAGCAGUUACGUCCCUGGCUGUAGAUCCUAUAAUGCCAUAUCAUCUAGCAGCUGCAUGUUCUGAUAGUUCCGUCCGUAUCUUUGAUAGACGUAUGUUAGGUACAAGAGCUUCAGGUAAUUAUACAGGGCGUGGUAUAACUGGUAUGAUAAGUAGAUUUACAGCACCAUUAGAACAUAAAGCUUACAGAAUAACAUCUUUAAACUACAGUGAUAGAGGUCAUGAUGUCUUAGUCAGCUACUCAUCAGAAAAUAUAUAUUUAUUCUGCACAAUGGAUGAAAGGAAACCAAGAGUAUUGAAAUCUAGGAAUACACCAGAGGGUGAUGACAGAUCAGCAAGUCAAUCAUCUACAUCAGGUGAUGCAGCUAGUAGGCAACCACCAAUUAAACGAUUACGUCUGCGUGGUGAUUGGUCAGAUACUGGUCCUAAUGCUAGACCUGAAAGAGAGAGAAUGCAAGAAGAGAGUGGUAAUCAAAGCCCACAUGCUACUCUGAUGCAACGAAUGUCAGAAAUGUUAACACGUUGGUUAGACGGUAGUCUACGCAGAGAUGAUGAUCCUGCUGUUCCACCAGAGGGAGCUGUAGCAGCACCCAUUAUUGGGGAACCUGCACUUCCAAAUCCAAAUAUUGAGCAACCCCCUCUCCCACCAGAACCCCCUGUGGAGAUACUCCCCCCUGAACCCCCAAGUUUAGACACAAAUGUCGAAUCUACUCUUGAAGAAAGUAGUGUUGAUAUGGGAGAAUCUUGUAGUAGAAAAACUAAUGAUAGUGUGUCCAGUUUAAAUGUAGAAAUGUGUAGUUUAGAGAACAAUCUUACUGAUGCUAAACCCUCUACAUCUCAGAGUGUAGCUCAGAAUCGUGUGAGACCAAAAUCUCUGUAUAGUUUAGAUGAGUCUAGUACAACUAGUGUGUUUUCUUCUAGUCCCAGCACUGAUGAACCAGUUUCAACACCUUCAGAACGUUCAGCUUCAACAUCAGAUACUGUUUCUUCUGUGAAAACUGGUUCGAUCAGCAUAGAGCCAGAUGAAAAAAGUGCCUCAUCAGGAGUUGAUCCUGAUUUAGAACUCAUAGAUGAAGGUGUAACUCAAACUAAGACUCAAGAUAAUAAUACUAUAGCUGGUUCUCAAAAUAACGAAAUAAAUAUAUCAAAAUCUGACUUAAACAAAAAGUCCCGAAGCCAAGAAGCUAAAAGCUGUGAUAUGGAGUGUGCAACUACAUCUGAUUCAAGUGCAAUACCCAAAUGUCUUUCAAGUUCAACCCAGACUGAUAAUUCUCAAAAACUAGAGCCUAUUAUAAACUUGCAUUACUCCAGUCAGGGUACAAGUGCCAGUACUAUUAGUGUAGGGUUUGCCUCAUUUGAUUUGACAGGCACUUCCACAUCUGCUCAAGCAAGGACAGAUAACUCUAAUAGUGUACCUACUGAUCUUCCUUCUACUUCUUCACAAACUGUGGCCCAUACGGAAGCUACAACUGUUAAUAACAUAUCUGAUGAUGCCACACACUGUGCACCUAAUAAUAGUGAUAAUUCUUGCCAAGGGCCAGGUGCAUUUACAGGACAAGAAGAAUCCUUAUUGGAACAUUCAGAGGCUUCAACAUCUCAUACGGAAGUCACCGAACAAAUAGAUUCCAAUACUGGGUCUGUAACUGAACAGACCACAUUACUAACUACAGCAGAUCUAGCUUUACCGAUUGCUAGCAGAUUACAAGAUACUAUAGAUAGCAGUGAGGGUAUGGUUACUUUUACUGAAUCUGAGAGUAGUACUAGUGGAGAGAGAUCCGAACAACCUAAUCGUAGAACUAUCCAAAGACCAGAGAGAAGAAGUAUAUCUAGUAGUGGUAUAAGACACAGGCGUAUAGGUAUUAGUGGGCCACCAACAGGACAGCGUGAAGAAGAGGAGAGUAGUGAUGAAGAUAUUCUUCCAAGACCUAUUCCAAGGUGCAGAUUCUUCAGAGAUGAAAGUGAUGAAGAACGUCAUAUAGCAGCAUUUAAACUACAGACAGCCUAUCGUAAACGACAGGAAGUUAGAGAACAACAAGAAAUGAAAGAUGUCUAUCAGCCUAAAACUAAAAGGAAAUAUAAAGGUCAUAGAAAUGCUAGAACAAUGAUAAAAGAAGCAAACUUUUGGGGGGAUAAUUUUGUUAUGAGUGGGUCUGAUUGUGGACAUAUAUUUAUAUGGGAUCGUCAGACUGGUGAAGUUGUUAUGUUAUUAGAAGCAGAUAGACAUGUUGUAAAUUGUUUACAACCUCAUCCUUUUGACCCUAUAUUAGCUUCUAGUGGUAUUGAUUAUGAUAUCAAAUUGUGGGCGCCUUUAGAAGAUCAACCAAUAUUUGAUUGUGAAAAGGCCCAAGAAGUAAUAAGAAGAAAUGAGAUUAUGUUAGAGGAAACGAGAGAUACUAUUACAGUUCCUGCCGCCUUUAUGUUACGUGUUCUAGCUUCUCUAAAUCAAAUACGUGCAGGAAGAAAUGUGAGUGCACGUCCAGAAGCUAAUCGUGAGAUAUCUAGUGAUAGUGAUUAGAAUAUGUCACUAUUUUCUCUAUUUUACUAAAGAAAUCGGAAUUUUAUGCCAAAUAUUGAUAUGAAAAUCUACAGCAUUUAUAUUAAUAUCAUGUUGUUAAUGAGCUUUGAUUAUUUCAUGGAAAUAUCCAUUUAUUAAAAUUUAUUUUGCAAAAAAUUAUAUUUACACUGACACUUUGAGAUAUCAAUUCAUUUUAAAUUAACUUUCUUUUUAAUAAAAGAGAUUGUUAUUGCAGUCUUCAAUUUGAAAUUAUGUCUAAUAUUAAAAUACAAGUCAACUUAUUCCACAGAUCUCCUUUAAAAUGAACAAAAUUUAUACAUGGAAUUAUUGUUGUAUGAAUACGAGAUUACCAAUUAACAUACAUGUAUUUAAUGUGUAGUCCAACUCAUUCUUGGAACCCUAUAGCUUCUCGUUGACAUAGGGGCAUAAUAAAAGUGUCACUUAUACAUUUGAACAUGGACUAAUCCAUGGAUUUAUUAACUAUUUGACAUAACCUCAAUCAUGCACCACACAGAAGUCAAUGUGUUUCUACCCCCCAGAGUAGAACAUAUAGAUAAAAAUACAGUCUUAUUAUAAAUAUAAUUGACUUUACUAUGCAAUUUAAUUCAGUUCAUCCAGGUAUCUUUACAUCUGUAAAUGAAUUUUUUCACUUUCUUUUUUAAUAAAACAGAUUGUGACUAGAAUAACCCAGACACUAAUCUUAUUAAUGUUGUCAAUUAUAACUAAACUUUAGAUCAUGGACAGAGGGGAUAAACAGGUGACUCCUGAUAAAUAGUUAUUUCACUCCAAAAUUAUGUUGCAGCACCAAUAUGCACUAGUUACAUUUCUAAUUUAAAACUCCAUACAGUUUUGAAUACUUUUCUUAACAAAUGUUAUAUUUGACAUUCAGUAUAAAUGAAAAUUAUUCUAAAAAUAUUAAGAAACGCUCUAUUUUACAUAGAAUUUAUUCUGGAGAAUAUUCCAAAAUAUUUUGAUUUAUAUCGUGGAAAAAUAAUAUGGUAAAUAAUAUUAAUCGACAAGUAUUAAACAUAUAAUCUCAAAUAAUGCAAUUUAAAGGGGCAUUGUACACGAGACUAAGACAAGAUGAUCUACAUGUAAUGUAGUUAUUAUAUUUUAUGUUAUAGUUAUUUGUUAAGAUAUAUAUAUAUAUAUAUAUAUAUAUGUUUUGAUGUUAUUUUGUAGCAGUGUGUGAUGUAGGUAUUGGUAAUGAGUAUGUUUAGUUGUAAGAUAAAUAUUACUGUAAUGAUAUGUAUUUAUGUAGGUAUGAUUGUUUUAGAAGAAAUACUCUCAUCACACUCAUAGGUGACCUGAAGAAGGAAAAAUUUAAACACUAGAGGUUGAUGUCCUUAUAAUGGUUGAGACAUUGUGUUAUGGGUCAAACAUAUGAUUGUCGAUUUGAUUAGAUUUUAUGUGAUAAUUUUUUUUUUGUGGAAUGACAAUCUGCUUUCUUUCAAAAUUUUAUAACCAUAGAUAAAGCUAGUGUACAGAUAUAAUUGAUUGUGUAUUUUUAUGGUGACAAAAUAAGUCGAAAGUGAAACUAAAAUUAGAAAACAAACCUACUUCCACUUAAAUGUAAAGUUUGUCCCACCACUGUUUGAAAAAACACACCACUUUAAAUACAUUGUUUUGACUAAAUCAAAGAAGUUUAGUGCCUUUAAUUAAAAAAAUGUUUUUUCAAGCUAUCCCUAACUGAUAAUGAUAUGUCCUUUCCACUAUUAUUAUAACAGAUACAUUAACUUUGUAUAGCUUGUGGUUUUAUUAGAGGACGAUUAACAUAGUACAGAAUCUUUGCAACAACCCACCCGAUCAAUUUUUUUUCUUUAUCAAAUAAAGUCAUUAUGUACUUUAGUGUAACAAUUUUAUCUCAUUCAGUAAAUUAUUCAUAGGUUAUGUAUAAUGUAAAAAAAAAAAAAAAAUUAAAAGGACUAUUUGUAAACAAGUAUGUAAAUUGAGGACAUAUUAUUGUGCUAAAUAAUUCACGUGAAGAAAAGCAUGUGUUUAACUACAGCAAUACUAUAAGUAAGACUCUUUCUAAACAAUUCAAUUCUGUGAUUAUCAAGUUUUAUUUGUAUAAUGUUAAAGCAGACUUUGUGUGACAUGAUAACGUUUGUUUUAAAUAAUUCAUUUUGUUAUACAGCCACAUUGAAACUGUGUUGAAUAUUGCUGUUGCACCCUGUCUGUUUGUCUGUCUGUCAUAUACAAUUUCUGCUAAUUAUUUCUAAAGUUAUGGCCCUUGUUUCAUGUUGUAGAAUUUUGUGAAUACGUUAUCGUCCGAUCUGUAUAGUAUGAAAUUUAUGAGCAUUAUUGAGAUUAAUGAAACAUAGAAGACUGUUGCUAUUCCAAAAUAUCUGUGAAUUACUUCUAGAGUUAAAGCCCUUUCUUCACUUUGUAGAAUCUUGUGAAUGCUCGAAUGCGAAAUGUUUUUUCUGAUCUGUAUGAAAUUCAUGAGCAUUAUUCAAGUUAGCUAGAUUUAUAGCCCUUGAUUCACUUUGUGGAAUCUUGUGAACACUUCAUCAUCUGAUCUUUGUUUCAAUUAUUGUCAUGGAUAACCUUUGCAACAAUUUCUGAUAAUCUUGUGAAUGUGCCAAUGAUACACAGUUUUAUGAUUUUGCUUUUAUUUACAUAGAUUUACAAUGCGACAACCUUUGUGGACUGCUCAGAUGAAUUAUGUACUGUGGGUGUAUGUUUUGUUGACUAUCUUUUUAUGUAUCUUUAUCAGCUAUAUGUAAAAUAUAUUAUAACCAUUUAUUUACUAUUUAUUGAUGGAUUGUUUAAUAAAUAAAUCAUAUAAUGUA